AUGAGUUUCACUCCACCACCACCACCAGUGUUCACUGGAGAAUACUAUCACAUCUGGAUAGUUAAAAUGAAUACAUACCUCCAGGCACACGAUCUCUGGAGUGUGAUCGAGAAUGAUGCUGAACCACCUUCAUUGAGAGCCAAUCCCACCAUUGCUCAAAUUAGGCAGCAUUCUGAGGAGCGAGCCAAGAAGCACAAGGCUAUAGCCUAUCUGCAAAAUGGAGUGUCUGAUGUGAUUUUCACUUGCAUCAUGGCCUGUGACUCACCAAAGCAGGCAUGGGAGAAGCUGAAGGAGGAGUUCAUGGGGACUGACAAAACAAGGCAGCAGCAAGUGAUCAACCUCAGGAGAGAUUUUGAGAAUUUAAGGAUGAAGGAGUCUGAGACCACCAAGCAGUACUCAGACAGAAUAAUGGCCAUUGUCAACAGUAUAAGGUUCCUUGGAGUAGACUUCACAGAGAGCAGAGUUGUUGAAAAGCAAAUGAGGGCAAAUAGGCAGGAAGAAAAUCCUGAAGCUGCUUUCCAGGUUAAAGCUAGUGAGGGCUCGAGUAUGAGUGUAAAAGGCAAAAAGCCUUGGCACAAUAGGAGAGUCAAAUCAGGAAGAGAUGAAGCAAAAAAUGUGUGCAAGGGCAAGCCAAAAGAGGCUACUCAGCAACAGGCUAGACCUGCUGAGGAUUUACAAACUCAGGAGGAGCAUGUAUUCAUAGCAACCUGUUAUGUUGGCACAACAAAAGCCAGGAGUGAAUGGCUAUUAUCCCUCUAUUUGGUCCAAUCUCAUGGUGCAGCAGUUCCAUAG